GCAAUUCCAAGAACAAGAGUACUUGCUCCUCCUCAUCAUCAACCAUGGAACAGCCCUUGACCACACCCCACAUAGCCAUUGUACCAUCACCGGGCAUAAGCCAUUUCAUCGCUUUCGCUGAGUUCGCAAAGCGGCUCGUCCACCGCCACAGCUUCUCGGUCACCUUAGUCAUCCCCAACGACGGCUCGUUGUCCAAGGUCCAGCAGUCGCUCCUCGGCUCCCUCCCUCCCUCCAUCGCCCAUGUCUUGCUGCCCCCCGUCACCUUGGACGACCUCCCUGCUGAGACCACCCACAUCGAGACGACCCUCUCCCUCAUGAUGGCACGCUCCCUCCCCUCCCUCCGCAAUGAGGUGCGGAGGCUACAAGAGUCCACGAGGCUUGUCGCCCUCGUCGUCGACCUCUUCGGCACCGACACCUUCAACUUGGCCGAGGAGUUCAAUGUCUCCCCCUUCCUUUUCCUCAAUUGCUCGGCCAUGUGCCUAUUCCUUUACUUGCCGAUUUGGCAAAAGCGAGUCUCUUGCAAGUACGGGGAUCUACCUCGAGCGGUGAAGAUACUCGGCUGCAUACCGGUCCACGGGAGGGACCUGCUCGAGCCAGUCCAUGACCGCCAGAACGAUGCCUACAAGUGGGUCCUCCACCACGCUAGGCGGUGUAGGUGGCGGAGGGGUCUGAAUAGCUUCGAGGAUCUCGAGCCAAAGGUGAUUGAGUACCUGGGAAGGGAAGAGCCCGAGAAGCUGCCGGUCUACCCAAUCGGACCACUAGUGAACAUGGAGCAGAGCAGCAAGUCCGACGACUUGGAGUGUUUAAAGUGGUUGGACAAACAGCCAAAAUGUUUGGUCCUAUACGUGUCAUUCGGGAGUGGUGGAACACUCUCGUACAACCAGAUUCAAGAGCUGGCUUUGGGCUUGGAGAUGAGCGAGCAUAGGUUCUUGUGGAUGGUGAGGACCCCUAAUGACAUAGCGGUCGAGGCCGCAUACCUCACCGGGGACAGCCAAAACGAGCCGGUUGAGUUUUUGCCCAAAGGCUUUUUAGAGAGGACCAAGGGUAGGGGCUUGGUGGUGCCGUCGUGGGCGCCACAGGCCCAGGUCCUAGCCCAUAGCUCGACGAGCGGGUUCCUUACCCAUUGCGGCUGGAACUCAACCCUCGAAGGCAUGCUCAAUGGUGUGCCGCUCAUCGCCUGGCCGCUCUUCGCCGAGCAGAGGAUGAAUGCGAUCAUGCUAACCCAGGACAUCAAGGUGGCUCUGAGGCCAAGUGCCGACCCAGAGAGUGGGCUGGUGGGGAGGGAUGAGAUCCCAAGUCGUGAAGCACCCGAUGGGGGCGAAGAAGGGAAAAGGAUUGGGAACCGCAUGAAGGAACUCAAGGUCGCGGCGGCCAAAGUGCUCGGCGAAGAUGGGUCCUCCACGAGGGCACUCUCCGAGUUGGCUCUCAUAUGGAAGGCCAAACUCAUAAAUCAGACCCAUUAGAAUUGUAUCGUAAUAUGAUACCUUGUUUAAAGUCAACAGUGGAGUCGGUUUUUCAGUUCUUGUUCGUUUCCUUAUCGAGCGUGUUAUCCC